ACAAUCAGUCCUUAUAAACAAUCACAAUCUCUGUAUCUGACAUAUAAUCAUAAUAAUCAUGCCUCUCGUUGUCCCAGGUAUCAACUCCUCCUUGACAGGAGACAAAAAGAAUGACUGGGUCGAUAAGCUUCUGGGCAAGAAAUUGACCGACUCUACAAGCGACGAAGUGUCAUUUGCAAAGAAAGACUUGCCGUCUAGCCAUCGUGUCGUGAAACCAGGUGAUAUGACAACUCAGGACCAUCAGCCUGAUCGACUCAAUGUCCACGUUGACGAUGAAGGUACCGUGCGAGAUGUUCGAUAUGGUUGAAUUCAUCCGGAGCGAUGCAGAUGGAAAUCAUGGAAUGAUAUGAUAAUGAACUCUGAUGUUUUUAAUGCUACCUUCUGAACAAUGUAUCUGUAGAAGUUGUACUAUUAGACAUGAUGUCAUCGAUGAUUGGCCAGUUCAGACU